ACAAGAACAAACUAUAGUAUGUUCAUCGUCGACGACGUCUUACUGCUUCCAUUAUUUAUUUUUAUUAUUUAUAAUAUAUUUUCAGUAUAUGUACUGUAUCUCGAUUUAAAUGUACAUUCAGACUGACUGACUGUAUUUUACCACCAGAGAGCAGUGUUGCUUAGAAAAUGAAUUACCUGCCUUUUUUAACUAGUAGCCUACUGGGUUAGUCGGAUAGUUUGUGUAAAUAAUAAAUCGGCGAACAGAUCUGCUGCCCUACGAUUAAUUUGGAUGCAUCCACGUAAAAUCAAUCCGUCAGGGGACUAUUGGGAUCUUCAUGGCUGCUGUGACCUCAGUGCAGUGUUUUACUGAGAGGUUCUCUCUAACUUGCAAAAAGCCAGUGUCCCACCUGCAGCUGGCCUGCUGUCCUUCUCACUGUGCUGUCCCAUGGCAGGACAAAAAUAUAAGGAUUUAUGAAAACAACAACCUGGAGCCUCCCUUGGAACUCACUGGUCACCAUGGUGAUGUGUCUGCCAUGGCAUUUAGGACGGUGAGAGAUCGUCUCCUCCUCUGUAGUGCUUCUGAAGAUUAUGUUAUUGUCUGGGACAUUGAUCGCUGCUACACACAGAUCAAAGACGGUGGAAUUGCCUCAGGUAGAGUUGUUGGCACAUUGCUCGGCAGGGUGGUGCAUCUGUCACUGUGUCCAUUGAGCGCAAAAGUGGCUGCAUGCUCCGGCUCCAGAGUUUUUCUAUUGAAUGCAGAGAGAGAGGAGGUGCCUGGAGUUUUGAAAGCUCAUCUUGGUCCUGUGACUGCAUCAGAGUUCUGUCCAUGGGAUGUUAAUCUUCUCAUCUCAACAUCAGAAGACAGAACAUUUAAGAUUUGGGAUGUGAAGAGGGGAGAUACACUGUUUGAAUCUGCUGUCCUAUCAGCAUAUCCACUGCUUAGUCUGUUCUUCAUGGAGCAAAACAGUCAGUUCAUCACAGGGUCUGGUGACGGACAGCUUUGGUGCUACACUCUCCCUGUGGACCACAAAUGCCGCUUGGUGACAAAACUGGACCUUUCGAAGCUUGAACAGAAGCAUGAGAGAAACCUCAAAACCAGCUCACCUCAAAAUAGACCAGAUGGAACGACUCGUAAUGAUGUGAGAGGAACAGUGGAGACAGCAAAGCCUGUUCUUAGAAUUUGGGCACAGAAACUGCAGUCCAAUCAUACUAGCCUACAGCAGAGAGGAAGUUGUGUGUGGAUCGGAAGUUUUGAUGGACUAUAUCUGCUUGACCUGGAUACUUCAGAGCUUCUCAUGAAUCUUCCACUCACAGGUGACCUAAGCAUUUCAAUGGCAGGGUCAUGGGCCAUCUCUAAUGAACUUGGUGGCAAUAUGUGUUGUUUGGUGACUUCUCUGUUUGGGACUUCAGUUGCCCUUUUAGAGGUUAAUAGUGCCGUGCUGGACGAGCUCUGCUUUAGGAUGGUGACGGGCCUUUCUGUGAAUGAGCAACUUUCAGCUGUGCCCAGUUCUCCUCUGAUGACUAUGUCCCCUCUGAAUGCUGAGCUGGCAAAACAUGGCCCAAAACCUCAGAGAAAAAUCGGUGUAAGCUGUCAGAAGAGUGUAAACAAUCAGCCUUUGGUUUUUCACACACAAGUGAAGUCAUCAGGAUACAAUACAGCUCCUCAUAGGACCAUGUUUAGACCAAAGACCAAUGUUAAAAAGAAAAGCAAUUCUGCCGUAACAACCAGCACAAAUAUGAAGCGCCUCUUAAGUGAGUAUCCUUCACAUUUUGAAGCACCAUGUAUACCUUAUGCUCAUUUGACAGUUUCCACAACUCCAACCCCUGUCAGCUCUGUACAGUACUCAGGAGAUGGAAAGCAGAUUGUGUGUGGUCUUGGAGAUGGUUCUGUUUUGUUGUACAACUCUUCACUCACCAGCAACCCAGCUGUCUACACAGGGCACAGUAAGGCUGUGAACACUGUAUGCUGGAGUCACAGUAAGCGGUGGUUUUUGAGUACCUCUGAGGACCCCACCCUUUGCAUCUGGACCGCAAAUGCUUCUGAACCUGUUCUGACCAUGGGAGAUGACCGGAUUGCAAACCCUAUCAGAAGUGCACAGUUUUAUUAUCUGGACAAGUUUUUACUGCUGGCGUCAGGAUCAAAUCUAAUUCUGUACCUUUACCAUCUGGACACCAUGAGAGAUGACAUCAAGAGGUAUAAGCAAAGAAGCAAGUCUAAAUUGGCCAGUAAAUUCAGCAUGAAAUCAGGAACUGACAUCACUUCAAUGUCAGCCAUCAAUGACUUCUACUCCUAUAUCGUCUUGGCUGCUGGCGCUGACCGCACCAUCCAGGUGUUUGAUAUGAACCAGGGCUGUAUGGCCACUCAGAUCCCUGAUGCCCACUGUCGAGCUGUCCACCACCUCACCCAGAACAAGGGAUCCCCGUUCUGUACACAGGCCUUGGAAUCGUACAAUCUCUUCCUGAGCAGUGCAAUAACAGAUGGUCUGAAAUUGUGGGACCUGCGCACUGCAAGGUGUGUUCGCCGCUAUGACAGCCAUGUUAACCGCUGUCACCAUUGCACUGCAGCCUUCUCACCCUGCGGUCGCUUCAUAGCUGCUGGCUCAGAGGACCAUUCUGCCUAUAUAUAUGACACACGCAGCAGCAACUUUCUCCAUAAACUCCCGAGACACUCUGAAACAGUCCUGAAUGUGGCUUUCAACCCUGCCAAUCCAGAGCUGUUGACUGGAACACUCGAUGGAAAACUGGCUUUGUUUCAUCCGGCCGAAUCUCUUCUCCCUUAAGUGUGGGAUCUACCCCAAAGGCUCAGUUCUUACCCCAAGUUCACCAAAGCUGCAGACUAAUGAAAGUCUUACAUCAGUCACGUUGAGAUUACUCUGCUGGCGUGCCACCUCUGAGACCUACAUCAUGGAUGGGAUCUGUGAUUUCAUCAUUUCAGCCGCCACUGACAACCUACAGAUGUGACAACAUGCUCACGCCCUCAACCGCGAAGCCAAAGACGCACCCUCAGACAAAAGACCAUUUGAGCUUUACAUAGCAACACGUUCCCAUGCACUGAUACAUAUACUGUACACACACUAUGAAGUAUUAUGCACAAGUUCAUACGUUUAUUUGAUGUGUAAUAUUAUUUGCAGCAAAGUGAUAAUAAAGUAGUAUCUUGAUUGUAAAUCUUCUUUUUAUAAUGGCUUAUUUUGUAUAAGAUGUACUUUGAAUAAAUUGAUUUAUUUUCAAGGUGCUCCCCUUGCUUUGCUUUGAAUGAAGAUGGAUGGGAGGAGAUCAUUUUUAGGUGAGUUUAUGUUUUAGGUUUAUGUUUUUGCAUAAAUGAAAUGCUAUACACCAGAGCCACUUCCCA